AUGGCGCUUUUAUUGACCGCAGUCAUUGUUCUUAUCUGCUUUGGUGGCCUCGCCUCCCCAAGCCCUGUGCCUUCCGCUACAGCCCUCAAGGAGCUCAUUGAAGAGCUGGUUAAUAUCACCCAGAACCAGAAGGUGCCGCUGUGCAAUGGCAGCAUGGUGUGGAGCCUCAACCUGACGAGCAGCAUGUACUGUGCAGCCCUGGACUCCCUGAUCAGCAUCUCCAACUGCAGUGUCAUCCAAAGGACCAAGAGGAUGCUGAAUGCCCUCUGUCCUCACAAGCCCUCAGCUAAGCAGGUUUCCAGUGAGUACGUCCGAGACACCAAAAUUGAAGUGGCCCAGUUCUUAAAAGACCUGCUCAGACAUUCAAGGAUCGUUUUUCGCAAUGGAAGAUUCAACUGA